GGGACGCGCCCGCAGCGCUGCUACUCACUGGGUGUGUGUCAGUUUGCCCUCAUGGCGAGUUCAUAACACUGUCAGGGAGCCGCGCGGAGUCGGUGACCCGGUGAUGUAGCGGGUAAACGCGGGGACGCUGGUUUAUUAAACGCCGCGGCUGCUGCAGGUUCUGAUCCUCUGGAGCCUGCAGGCUCCACUGGAGAGCUGGGAUGGUGGGAUAUGACCCCAGUUCAGCUCUGACCCCGGAGGAGGCCGCUCUGGCCGGGUCAGCUGCCGGCAUGGUCACCCGGGCCAUUAUUAGCCCACUGGAUGUGGUGAAGAUCAGGUUCCAGCUGCAGAUCGAGCGUGUUUCCUCCAGAAAGCCUCAGGGGAAGUACUCCGGCCUGCUGCAGGCAUCUCGCUGUAUCCUAAAAGAGGAGGGACUUCCGGCUUUCUGGAAAGGCCACAUUCCCGCCCAGCUGCUGUCUGUGUGUUACGGAGCCGUUCAGUUUGCCAGUUUUGAGGCACUGACAGAGUUGGUCCAUAAGAACACUUCCUAUAACAGCCAGAUGGCCGGGGUUCACUUUCUAUGUGGUGGUUUAGCCGCCUGCUCAGCAACCGUCGCCUGCCAGCCACUCGACACACUCCGCACACGCUUCGCUGCCCAGGGAGAACCAAAGGUGUAUCGAACACUCCGGCACGCUGUGGUCACCAUGUACCGGCAGGAGGGGGCGCUCACCUUCUACAGAGGCCUCACCCCCACGCUGGUGGCUGUUUUCCCAUAUGCAGGCCUCCAGUUCUUCUUCUACAACAUCUUCAAAAAGCUGCUGGACAACGACAGCACCAAAUCUAAAGGUGGUCUGCAGAGUCUGCUGAGUGGCAGCGCCGCAGGGGUCAUCAGCAAAACCCUCACCUACCCAUUCGACCUCUUCAAAAAGAGACUGCAGGUCGGCGGAUUCGAACAGGCCAGAAUGCACUUCGGCCAGGUGCGGACGUAUCGGGGCUUUGUGGACUGUGCGAUGAGAAUCUUGAAAGAGGAGGGUCUGCGCGGAUUCUUUAAGGGCCUUUCUCCUAGCUUGCUGAAAGCUGCUGUCUCCACUGGACUUACUUUCUUCUGGUAUGAGUUCUUCACAAGUGCCAUCGCCAACCUGAAGAGCCAUCCAUGAGCAGAGGAGCUGAAACAUGGAGGAUGUGGGAGCUACUGCUGUGUGUGUGUGCGUGUGUUAUGUUUGUGUGUGAGGGAUUUAUAGUUUAUUUAAAAUAUUUUUUUUAUCUUCUUAAUACCUGUUAUGUGUCAGAACUGUACAGUGAUGGUUUAACACAAACACAGAUUUUCACAGAUUUUCCACCGAAACCCCAAAUUGAUGUUGAUCAGUCACCUCCAAAAAGGUCUAAAAUUAGCUUCAUGUGUUUUGCACUUGAGCUGAAAGGAUGAAGGCUUAAAUCCUAACAGUUAGCAUCACGCUGCAUGCCUAAAUCACCAAUCUUAAACCAUGACAUGGUUCUUUUAUCUCAACAUGAAUAUCUAUAAACCUACAGUUGUUUUUUUAAAUAGCUAUUUUGAAGCCUGAGGUAAGAUCUGUGUAAUUACUGCUGUGCUCUAACAGUUUUACACUCUUAUGCUUUUCCACUGCAGGUCCAAAUGAUUGUUAAGGCUGGUCCCAUACUGUUCUGUGCUGGUGUGGAACCAUUAACCUGUUAACUGUUUAUUUUUCCAUUUGCAGCAUUGUUUAAUCGGGCCCAGGAAGUGCAGGAAACUAGCAGGCAUACUAGCUAACCAAAUACAAACUGAAGAACUGUGUGUUUUUACGUAAAUACCAGCCUCUCCCACAUUAACCCACAUGGCUACUGCUGUGUUCACAUUCCGGUGACCAGAUUUGUCCAACGAUGCAAAUGCUGCGUUAGCCAUACUAGCUAAGGGGCUCAUCCAAUGUCGCUAACGCCGCUUUAGCAUUGCUGGUGACUGGGCUCAUCCAACAUCACUUUGGCAGCUGCUCAGUUCUCCCAUUGGACAGUUUCAUGGCCUGAAAUACAGUUAGCUAACUGUGCUAAGAACUGCGCUUGUUCGGCCCUGCAGUGGAAAAGUGGUUUAAGGCUCUGAAACUUAAUUUAGCUUCUCUCAAGAUUAGUUUAAGCAACUGAUGUUAACAUAGCUAAUAAUAAAACUGUCAGUCAUCCUUAUGCGAAUACUAACUAGCAGCUAUUCAUUCACUGUAAGCCAUGUUGGAUUAGAUUUUGGAUUGUCUCUUUAAAAGAAGAGUUUGGUAUUAAAUGUAACCAAAUGACACGCUAUACCAGAACCAAUGUGAUUUAGGCACUCAGUUUACUUUAUGCUAACUGUCAGACAUGUCUUUGUUGAGGAAAAUGGAAAUAUCUGUCAUUGUUUUAAUUCAAACAUCACUAACCUGGCUAAUACUGAAUUUAAAGCUAGGCUUUUAUUCAUCAUUAGCCAUGUUAGCUUUUCCUGGUUCACUAUCCGUGAAUGAUGAUUUUAAUAUUUUACUUUGUAAUAUUUUUAGCAGAUUUGUUCAGUCAGUGUUUGUAAGGGUGAUGGUUGGUCUGGAACUUUCUAAUCACGCACACUUCAGCAGUAAUGAUUUGCAGUCUAAAUGAACACUCAUUGAUCCAGUACCUCAUAAAACCUAAAUAACACUCAUGCUUAACUUUCCUCAUUUCUCUGGACUCAGGGACUGUCUCUCUCUCUCUCUGUUGUGAUGUGGGUCUUUUCAGAACAGGAAUUAAAUACAUUAGGCUAGCAUAGCGUAUCACAGGAACAAAAAUGGAUAUGAAAUAGUUUUGAGGUGAAAAAUCAUCUCAGUUACUUGUUGUUUACUGUUGUUCCUCAGAGGGGCUUUUAAAUGUUUUUGAACCCGUUUCUACAGGUCACAUGUUAGCACUGAACAAUAUCAUGGUAUAAUACAUAGAUUGUUAUUGCUACGGUUACAUUUCUUCAUAGUUGUAUAUUUAUGUACCGCUUUAGAUGAUGUUGAGUUUAUUAAAUAUCAACUUCAUACACAA